UUCAUUCUUGCAUAGAUAUAUAAAUCUUUUGCAUAUGUCAGAGGCUCCUGCUACAGUAGUCCUUCUCCUUCAGCUCUGGUACACUUUCCUAGGGAUUCAUAACCCAAUCACAGUUGUAGAAUCUGUCACUACCCUUUACUGCACCGAAGUCACUUCUCUCUCUUCUUUCCCACCCUCAUCUCCAUGCUAAAAUAUAUAAAACAACACUCCACAACAGGCCAAAAUAACCAGCUUUUGAUCCCUGAUAUACUAAUAUAUAAUAUUAUGUGCUGAACACGCUCUCUGGUGUCUCUGGUGUGCUAUUUAGAUCACAAGAGUGAAAGGAAGAAGCAACAGAGAGAAAGGUAGAGAUGGAGGAGGUUUUUGUUGCCAUGAAACUAGUUUUUUCAGUUGCUGUUGUGGGGGUUCUGAGCUGGAUACUGUAUGUGUAUGGAAGUUUGUGGCUUGAGUCUCAAAGGGUGAGGAAGAGGAUACAAAUGCAAGGAAUAAAAGGGCCUCCACCUUCUUUUCUGCAUGGAAAUCUGUCUGAUAUGCAGAGAAUUCAAGCUCAGGCUAGCCUAGCCAAAGCUUCUAUUUCAACCUCCAACGGUUCUGAUCAGUAUGUGGCUCAUGACUGCACUGCAACCCUCUUCCCCUAUUUUGAGCACUGGAGGAAACAAUAUGGUCUACUGUACACUUACUCCACAGGGAUGAAACAGCACCUGUAUAUUAACCAACCGGAUCUAGUACGAGAAAUGAAUCAGUGCAUCACUUUGGUUUUGGGUAAGCCUACUUACUUAACAAAAAAACUUGAACCUAUGCUUGGCAAUGGCAUUUUGAGAGCCAAUGGUAUCAGUUGGUCACAGCAGAGGAAACUUGUUGCAGCUGAAUUCUUCAUGGACAAAGUUAAGGGUAUGGUGGACUUAAUGAUAGAGUCAGCGCAGCCAAUACUAUUGAAAUGGGAGCAAACUAUUGAGAGCCAAGGAGGUGCCACAGCUGAAGUUAAAGUGGAUAAAGAUCUGAGAGGUUUAUCAGCUGAUGUUAUUUCAAGGGUUUGCUUUGGCCAUUCUUAUUCCAAGGGAAAGGAAGUCUUCUCCAAGCUUAGAAGCAUGCAGAAGGCCAUGUUCAAGCAUCGUGGCUUCCUUUUUGGCCUCGGCAGUUUUCGUGAGAAACUGAGUUUCAAGUCAAAGAAGCAAAAUGAGAUAGCGAAUUUGGAGAAAGAGAUAGAGUCAUUGAUAUGGGAGUUAGUGGAGAAACGCAAGAGGGAAUGCUCAGAGGCAUCCUCAUCAGAGAAGGAUUUGAUGCAGUUACUGUUGGAAGCAGCCAUGAGUGAUCAGAGUCUGGGGAAGGACUUUUCCAAACGGUUCAUUGUGGAUAACUGCAAAAACAUUUACUUUGCUGGUCAUGAAACCACUGCUGUAGCAGCCUCCUGGUGUUUGAUGCUUCUUGGUUUGCACCUAGAAUGGCAGACACGUAUAAGGGCUGAGGUAGCUGAACAUUGCCCCAACGGUAUACCAGAUUCAGAUUCUCUCCCUCUGUUGAAAACGCUGGGUAUGGUGAUUCAAGAAGUGCUACGUUUAUAUCCACCAGCAGCCUUUGUGUCAAGGGAGGCAUACGAAGAUAUCCAAAUUGGAAACCUGGAUGUUCCUAAGGGUGUUUGUUUGUGGACUCUGAUCCCAACCCUGCACAGAGAUCCUGAAAUAUGGGGAGCAGAUGCUAAUGAGUUUAAACCAGAAAGGUUCAGUGAGGGAGUGUCGAAGGCCUGCAAGUAUCCACAAGCUUAUGUGCCAUUUGGGUUGGGUACUCGUUUGUGCUUGGGAAAGAACUUUGCAAUGGUUGAAUUGAAGGUUGUGCUAGCCCUUAUCAUCUCCAGGUUUAGCUUCACUCUCUCUCCUAAUUAUAGGCAUUCUCCAGCAUAUAGAAUGAUUGUUGAACCAGAAUAUGGUGUUGAUAUUAUCAUUCAGAAGACUUGAGAGGCUCGUAGCUGAUGAUACGGACAAAUAAACUCCAGUGAACCUGCAAGCAUUUGAGUUUUCUUUGACAUAUGUGUGUUUUCUGAUGUAGACACAAAACUAUUGCUUAGUUAUACAAGAGUUUCUUCUGGACUUAAAUCCCUUUCUUUUAGAUGUUUAUCUAUAUGCUCGGUUAUGAAUA